AUGCCCGAACCGUACAACGCAGCUGCUACACUCUACCCCUUCUUCCCUCCCCCAACACACGCACGCACACAUGCACACUCACUCACUCACUCACGGACGGCCUCGUCUCUCUCUCUCUCUCUCUCUCUCUCUCUCUCUCUCUCUCUCUCUCUCUCUCUCUCUCUCUCUCUCUCUCUCUCUCUCUCUCUCUCUUCUUUCUUGCAACACGCGACUGAGGUGGCUCAAAACAUUCAAAUGAGCAUGAUAUGCGACCCUUGCCGCCAAAAUUUAAAUAUCAUAAGUGUGCUGAGAAUUGGUCGGCUUAGCUUGUGUGCGCCUCAGAGAAGGGUCGGCGCUUUGCCCCUUUUUUUUUCCUCCCCUUCAAACCAAAAGGCGCUGCAGCAGGCACACCUGUGCCCCAUUGACGAAAACCACCGCACCAUGGAUCUCACGGCCUCGCCAGAUCUUGGCGGCUUUGGCCAAAACCUUCAAGGUAUCAUUGAUGCCAGCAUCUUCAGCUCCCCGGUCCUCAAAGAGCGAGCUGCGCCCGCCUCCACCACAACAACACCCGCUACAACUGGCCGACGACCUUUAGCCGCUCGCAAUGGAGGCAUGAGCAGCAAAAGCAGUCGCCCCAAGUCAGCGGUCAAGCCCCCCGUGCGCUCGGCCCGCAAGCCAGCCAGCGCUCCGGCACCACCCAAGAGCACGUCAGAGCCAACCAAGCGUGCCGUGCCACCUCGCAAGCCCCCACGCCGCAGCAGUGGCGCCUCCUCCACCAGCUUGGGCUCCCCCAACUCGGACGAGCUUCGCUACAACGAGACGGUUGGCGUGACUGCGGACAACGUCUUUACCCCUGCCCCCAGCCGCGAGCACCUUUUCCGCCGCGCCUCGGGCAGCCUCGUGCAACCCCGCCUCGACCUCUCUGCGGCCGAAGAGGAUGAAAUGCCCCAGCCGGAAGAAUCAGCAUCCCCAGCACCCUCUCAAAAGUCAUGGCAUGCAAACCAAACCCCGGAGCCGUCCCGUGCCGUGGGAGCACAGCCCAAGGUGGCGUCGCCGCCAGCCGCCACUCACCCCUUUACGGCAGACCUUAGUAUCAUCAUGGAAAGCGACCAUGAGGCUUCCUUUCAAGAGAACGAGGCCACAGCCCAGCUGUCCGGCUUGCCUGGGCCAUCAAGCACGCCAGGGAGUCUCCAGCAAGACGUGCGGGAGUUGGACGAGGCCGAGUCGUCGACGGACGAUGUGCCCGAGAACAAUAUGGCUGACGACGUGGUCAGCCAAAGCAAACGCUCCAGCCCGUUCACAGCACCCAACACGCCCGUCGCCAAUGGCCCCAAUGUUAUCAAAAUGCAGUCACCUGCGCUGGCCCCGAAGGCCAACGACAGCCCACACCGCUCAGCUUCGGUGCAGGCCAGCGACAAAGAGAACCUGCCAACACCGCCGCCAAGUACUUCGUAUGCUGGACCGAUGACCGCAGGCUCGUAUCAGCAGGCACGCCAACAUCAGCAGCCCGAUCAAGACGUCUCUGUGCAACGGGAUCAACAACAAGCCCGCACCCUUCUUCUACGCGUUCGAGAAAAAUUUGCCACGGAAGGCUCGCCUUUAUCCCGGUCCCGCUCGGCCGCCGUCGCGGCUGCUCGUGGCCGCGACAAGACUGGGAGCAUCUUUGACUUUCACCAGUUACGCCAGCGCUUCGAGUCUGGGCGGCCCAGUACAGCGUCGCCCACCAGCCAGCGCAACAAGGCACGCACGGCUUCGGAGAAGAGCUCGGGUAGCGUGCGCAGUCGCCAAGGGGCUGAUCUCCGCCGUCACGUGCUAGAAUCGCGUCAGGGCUCGCAAACCGAUGAUGCCGAUAAGACUGGCACGGAUGAGGCAAGCCCCGCGCGUCAUGGCACCUUGUCGAUUGUGGACGUGGACUCGGAGAGUAGCGUCUCCAGCUACACGUCAAGUCUGAGCAGCCCAAGUCUGAGCGACGAAAGCGUGCCGCCCACCACGGAGGCUGCUGAAGAGCAAUACCUCUUGAGCGUGGCACACACCCGUCUGCUGAAUACGCAACUGCGUGAUCACCUGGCCUUGACGCGCAUGGGCGGCAAGCGCCUCGAUGAGAUUGCAGAAUUCAAUGUGGAUGAUGCUGCCGUCAGCACCCGCCACAUGGUCGACCGCAACACUCUGCGCGAUGAGCUUCGCAAUUUGACUCAGGAACGCGAUGCUUUGCGUGCCCAGUCUGAGAGCUUGGUCAAGGAGAAGCUGCUCCUUCGCGAACAGCUCCACCACCACCGCAGCAAGGUGGAUGCCCGCCAAGACGCCCUCCGAGCAGAAAAUCGUCGCUUGCGCACGCAGCUGCAGAGCAUGGCCAUGGAAACCACCUUGGAGCACUCCAUCUCCUUGUGUGAGCCCAACGUGAGCGAUGCACAGCUGCAGGAGCUGCAGCGAACGUUUGACGAGUAUAAACAACAUCAACAGCAAAUCUUGAUGAGCCUGACCAGCGAUAAUGAGCAGCUCCUUCACGACAAAGAGAGUCUUGAGAAUAAGAUGGAAGCAAUGCAAAUGGAAUGGACAGCCCGCGAGGCGCACUUUGGCGAUGUCAUGGCCAAGGUGUCCAGUUUCAAGUUUGAAAUUACCGAGACUCUGCGCAAGGUGAGCUCUGAUCUGAAAGUCUUCCAAGCUAAGUUGUUUGGCUCCAUGGUGUCAGCUUUUGCGUCUGUGUUUGAUGUUGGCUGA